UUCUCUCUCCAUACCUACACUUAGCUGUAACUACACACUUAAUAAUUCUAUCCAUCUUCACAGAGACAAGAGAAGAGAAGCUCAGGUAGCGCAUUUUGUAGUGUAGCGGCAAAUCCUACGAAUUCGAGGUGAAUUCGGGCAUUUUGAUUGGAUUUCGUUGGAGAUUUAUAGUUGAAUUGACUUGAAUCCGACGAUCGCGUUCCAGUGUUGAAGAUCUUCGCGCUGGGUCUUAGGGGAUGGAAGUGUACGUAUACGGUGUAAGACGGUGAAGAUAGUAUCGUUUCCUAGUAUGGAAAAGAUAAAGCCGGACACGCCUCUAGAUUACGCUGUAUUCCAGCUUUCACCAAAGCACUCGCGAUGUGAAUUGUUUGUUUCGAGUGGUGGGAGCACAGAGAAGCUUGCUUCAGGACUUCUCAAGCCAUUCGUUACGCAUUUAAAGGUUGCCGAGGCACAAGCUGCCUCUGCUUCACAGUCGAUUAAGCUUGAUCCUGGACGACAUAAGAAUGCCAAGGCGUGGUUCACAAAGGGCACACUUGACAGGUUUGUGCGAUUUGUUAGCACCCCUGAAGUUCUUGAACUUGUCAAUACCUUUGAUGCGGAGAUGUCACAGCUAGAAGCAGCACGGAGAAUUUAUUCACAGGGAAUGGGCAAUCAACUUUCUGGUGGAGGUGGAUUUGGUUCGAGUGCUGCAGAUGAUGCCACAAAAAAGGAGCUUCUCAAAGCUAUCGACUUAAGGCUUGUAGCCGCGCAGCAGGACCUAACUAAUGCAUGUGCUCGUGCUGCUGCUGCUGGUUUUGAUGCUGACACUAUUCCGGAACUUCAAAUGUUUGCUGAUAUAUUUGGUGCAGAGCGCCUUAAUGAAGCUUGUGGCAAGUACAUAUCUCUAUAUGAGAGACGGCCACACCUCAUCAACCAAUUGAAGUCAGGGUCAGAAGACCGAGCUAUUCGUUCCUCAUGCACAUCAGAUAUGUCCAUCGACAAUGAUUUGCCCUCUCCGCCGCGUCCAGAACCAGCCACACAUCAGAAGCCCCGUCACACUUUUAGUAGAGAAUCCAGUGUAGAGAGGGAUGGUGGAAAUAAGCCAGGCAAUGCCACUGGUGAAAAUGAUAAGAAAGAUGAGACGUCAGCUCCUGACCAAACAGGUUCUAUUCAAGCCAGUCAACCUGGAAGGCGACUCAGUGUUCAGGACAGGAUAAACAUGUUUGAGAACAAGCAGAAGGAGAAUUCUGGGGGAAAGCCUCCUGUUGUAAAACCUGUUGAGCUGAGGAGGCUAUCGUCCGAUGUGUCAAUGAUGGGAGCAGCUGCGGAGAAGGGAGUCUUAAGGAGGUGGAGUGGGGUUGGUGAUAUGAGCAUUGACUUGAGUGCAGAAAAGAAAGACUCUGAGAGCCCGUUAUGCACUCCUUCCAUGAAAUUGCCUUCCCAGGAGGAUAAAGUUUUGGAUUCGGACAAUGAUACGACAAAGGGUUCUUCAAUAAUUAAGCCUCAGUCAAGUGUCAUUCCUAGCGAGAGCCGGUCAGAGAUUUCUGGGCUAAAGGAUCGGGAUUCAUUACCGACACAAAUUAGGGAAACAAGGGAUAAAUCCGCUGCGCAAUCAAGUUUGACGUCCACUUGGAAGACUAUGGAAGAGUCUUGGGCUUCUGAAGGUGUUUCCGAUUCAAGAUUGCAAGAGGCUUUUGAUGCUCAGCAUAAAGAGAUUGAAGAUGAUUCUUCUUCUGCUCAGCAAGAGUUGAGGUCUUGUGGGGAAACUGAAGUAGUGGAAAAUACGGAAUCUAUUGAAGAUUCUGGACCUCAGAGGAUGAAGUUCUAUCGAAAGGUUUCAGGAGCUGACCUCAGUAAGAAGACAACAGUUCUGCCUGAUGGAAGCAGCAGGAUUCUAUUUUCUGGUAAAAUUGCAAAGGAGGCUCAAGAAGGGUUUGAUUCUUUCGCUACACCUCCGGAACAACUUCAGAGGGGAAGGCAGACAAAGGCUAAUCAGGACCGCAAUGAUGAGUUACAGAUGAAAGCAAAUGAGCUUGAAAAACUCUUUGCAGAACACAAACUGCGAGUCCCUGCAGAUCUGUCCAACUCUUCCCGUAAAGGUAAAUUAGACGACACACAACAUUUGCCAGUGAGUAGUCUUCAGUAUUCAAAACCAAUACCAGAUAUCUCCCCUCAAGUUUCUGAUAGUUAUAACCCAAAUGAGCCAACUGGAAAUUUGAAGAACAAAACCAAGCUAAAUGCUUCGUCCUCCAUGAAAACUGUUGAUAGUCAGAACAAAGGUGAUGCUUUGAAGAAGAGUUUCUCCGAGCUUAGUGUUUCAGAGGGUUCUCGAGGGAAACAAUACCAAAGGUAUGUUCAAAAGAGGGAUGAAAAACUGAAAGAAGAUUGGAGUUCCAACAGAACACAGAAGGAAGCUCGAUUGAAGUCAAUGCAGGAUAGCCUUGAGAGGAAUAAGUCUGAGAUGAAGGCCAAGUUAUCUGGAUCCGCAGACAGACAAAGUUCAGUAUCCAGUGCUCGGCGCCGUGCUGAGAGACUCAGAUCGUAUAAUAGCAGGUCAAUGUUGAACAACGAACAGGAGCAUUUAGAUUUUGGAGAUUGUGAUUUUGAUGAUGAUGCUUUGGAUUUCCGAGAGAAGAAGCUCAUGCCUAAUAACAAAAAAAUUUCAUCAACGACUCCUCGCCCUUCGGCUACUCCAGUUUCAAGGCCUGCUUCAAAAGCUUCCACUGGUUCUGUAAAGCGAAGAAUGCAACCUGAAAAUCCUCUUGCCCAAUCUGUCCCCAACUUCUCAGACCUGAGAAAGGAAAAUACUAAGCCCUAUUCUGGAGGUGGCAAAGCAAUGCGUUCACAGGUGAGAAACCAUACUCGUAGCAAAAGCAUAACUGAAGAAAUGGGUAUUGUCAAGGAGGACAAAUCACGCCGGUCGCAGGCAUUGCGGAAAGGCUCAGCGAAUCCAAGUGAGUUCAAGGAUGUAUCUUCUCUGGACUCAGAUGGUGUUGUUUUAACCCAGAUUAAAUUUGAUGAGGACAUUCAGAAAAAUGUUGGUACCAAGCCUUUUCUUAGAAAAGGUAGUCGUGCUGCUCGGACAAGUAUUGCGAGGCAGAGGGUCUCUGCGGGAUCCGAACGCGUAAAUGAUAUGGAUGAAAAUGAUGGAAUUGCCUCUGAACCUGAUGAAUGCAUAAAUACUGUUCAAGAUGAAGGAGAGGAGGAACUCAAGAGCUUGAAUACCGAAGAGGACAAUAUUUUAGAAGCUAGGGAACCUGAACUAGAUACAUUUGUGAACUCUGAAUCCGAAAAUGGUGACGACACUCUCACCUUUUCGGCAGUAGACCAGGCUUUGGGCUCAAAAUUUCCAAGAGAAAUUCCUUCAUGCUUCCUCCCUGCUGACUCUGUGCAAGAUUGGCAUAACGGAAGUCAAAUGUCGUGGAAUUCUCGCACUCAACAUCCCUUUUCAUAUCCCCAUGAGACCUUUGAUGCUGACACCUCUGUGGAUUCCCCAAUUGGAAGUCCUUCUUGGAAUUCACAUUCGUUAAAUGUGAUGGAGGCUGAUGCUGCUAGGAUGAGGAAGAAAUGGGGAGCAGCUGAGAAGCCUAUGGUAGCCGCCAAUUCAUCCCGUAAGGAUAUGACUAGAGGAUUUAAAAGGUUACUGAAAUUCGGAAGGAAGAAUCGUGGCUCAGAGACAAUGGCUGACUGGGUCUCUGCUACCACAUCAGAAGGAGAUGAUGACACCGAAGAUGGACGAGAUCUGGCCAAUCGUUCCUCAGAAGAUCUCAGGAAGUCGAGAAUGGGAUUUUCUCUAGCUCAACCUUCUGAUGAUGGCUUCAAUGAAAACGAGCUUUUCAACGACUCAGAACAAUCCUCGCAAAGUUCUAUCCCAGCACCUCCAGCCAACUUCAGACUAAGAGAGGAUCAUGUUUCUGGAACCUCAAUCAAAGCUCCGAGAUCAUUUUUCUCACUAUCGACGUUUAGGAGCAAGGGAAAUGAGUCCAAGCCCAGGUAAUGUUUUUUCAGUAGACUGUAAAUUUGCUCGGAUUGGCUUCAACGGCGCUAGCAUGACUGAUAUGAGUGGUAAAUGAGUGAGUAUGAUGCUUUAUAUGCUCAUGGAUUCUAAUGGCAUCUAUGGAGACUUAGUUAUCAUCUAGUUUCAAAAUAUUCUAUUUUUGUAUAUUAUAACAACUAAACAGUUCCAAUUUGUGGAACAUUAAUGUGAUUUUGGUAGCUAAAAAAGCAUUCUUUCUUAAAA